AUGGUCAAGAUUGUUGUUAGUUGCAGCUUCAGUUCAACAGAUUUAAAUGUAAUCAACUUUAGGACAUUGCAGUUUAGGAAGCAGUUAGGAUUUCAGUUUCUAAAUGUUCAGAGCCCCUCCACACCAGAGUUGAGUACAGAUGAGCUGCCUGAUGACAUCGCCAAUGAAAUCACAGACAUUCCACAUGACUUGGAAUUGAAUCAGGAGGACUUCUCUGAUGUCCUACCACGGCUGCCUGACGAUUUGCAAGAUUUUGAUUUCUUUGAAGGUAAAAAUGGAGACCUCCUUCCUACUACAGAGGAGGCAGAGGAACUGGAACGAGCCCUGCAGGCUGUAACUUCUCUUGAGUGCCUAAGUACUAUUGGAGUACUUACACAGACAGAUGGUGUGCCAGUUCAGGAGCUAUCAGAUAGAGGGAUAGGGGUGUUCUCCACAGGUGCUGGAGCUCCAGGAAUCCAGUCCUUGAGCCGAGAGGUUAACACGGACCUGGGGGAGCUGUUGAAUGGGCGCAUAGUACAUGAUAAUUUCUCCGGUCUGGAGCUGGAUGAAAACUUGCUCCGUUCUGCUACCUUGUCCAAUCCACCUACGCCCCUGGCAGGGCAGAUCCAGGGGCAAUUCUCUGCCCCAGCCAACGUCGGCCUUACUUCUGCCACUCUGAUAAGCCAGAGUGGACUUGGGGAGAGAGCCUUCCCAGGACAGUUUCAUGGACUUCAUGAUGGCAGCCAUGCCUCCCAGAGGCCACACCCUGCCCAGCUGCUGAGCAAGGCAGAUGACCUAAUCACCUCACGACAGCAAUACAGCAGUGACCAUUCACACUCCUCACCCCAUGGAAGCCAUUACGAUAGUGAGCAUGUGCCGUCUCCCUACAGCGACCAUAUCACAUCCCCCCAUACCACAUCCUAUUCUGGUGAUAACUUGGCAGCUACAUUCUCAGCAGAGAUGCCCAUUAUGGCACAGCACUUGCUCCCAACGCAGCUGGAUGUGCCACUUAGUGGGGUGGUGAACCCCAGAACUCACUGGGGAAAUCUCCCUGUCAAUCUUGGUGAUCCCUCUCCAUUUAGCAACCUUCUUGGUGCAGAUGGACACCUUCUUUCCACUUCCCUUUCCACACCACCUACCACCUCGCACUCAGAGACCACACAGCCUGCCUUCGCCACUGUGACCCCCAACAGCUCCAGUGUGCUUCCGGGGUUACCACAGACCAGUUUUAGUGGCAUGGGUCCUUCCUCUGCUGAACUAAUGGCCUCCACUUCCCCCAAACAGCAACUCCCUCAGUUCAGCGCCGCCUUUGGCCACCAGCUGAGCUCACACAGUGGCAUUCCCAAGGACCUGCAGCCCAGCCACAGCUCCAUAGCUCCUCCCACAGGCUUCACAGUAACAGGUGCCACAGCUACUAGUACCAAUAAUGCAUCUGCUCCCUUCACCACUUCCAACUGAGCUUGUCUGUCUGUAUAUUUGCAGGCAGAUGGGGACCCUGUGUUUUCUAUCUUCUUUCCUCUUUCUUGUCCUCCCCUUUUCCUUUUAAAGAUUUUUUUUUUUUAAAGAGGGUGUUAAAGCUCUGCUUCAGUCCUGACCAGGGUCACCCCUCAGUGAACCUUGCUCUAGUGUUCACAUGUGCUUUUAUGCACUGGUGCUCAUUUACUAUGGGCAGGUUCACCAUUGCCCAAUAAUUUCCUUAAGGAUACAGCACAGUUACUGGAUGUAAUUGAUCUUAGCAGUAAGACCUAGAAAUGGGAAGAUACCUCAGAUAACCAUUGCACGUUACUGUUUCCUAGGGUUCAGAUCAGUGCAUUCCAUCCCAUUAGCACAUCUAGGAAGUUUUCUGUGGGCAGAAGUCACUUUUUUUUUUUAAGGUAGAACAUGGCAUGAAAAAUUGGCUCUGCACUUUGGUUUGAUAACGGUGCACUGAAGCACUACAUCAAGACCAUGGUUCAAUUAUUGACAACUUAAAAAUAGUUUUUUGACUUCCUCUGUGUGCGUGUGUGUGUCUGGGGGGAGCAGUAGUUCCUUUAAAUCUUUGAUGAGGAAGAUAAUUUUCUCCUAAAAUCAGUCUCUGUUCCUACUGCAUGCUGAUUUCCCCCUCCCCUAUUUAAGUAUGUUGAGCAGAGAGGGGAUUGACUGACCAGGGCAAAUCAGCUUUGCCUGUUUUCCCACAGCACUGAGGAUUGUUGCUGUUUACAAAGUUGGCAUAGGGAGAGAACAGAGAAAAAUAGGAUGGAAAUAAUGAUGUAGUCAAGAUUCCCACGCAGAAAUUCCCUCCAUUGCUGAAUUACUGUGGCCUUGUAGUGUGGAUGGUUUGCCUUUUCAAAUAUGACUGUAUCCAGGAGUCCUUGCCUGGCAGGUAUCUCCUAGCUGAAACUGGAAGAAUCCUAUGGUAUAUGCUACCUAUUCAGACAAGUCUAGGUUAAACCCCUUUGGUAAGUUUAAAAUUGAUGAAUUUCUCACACUCUUUUGCUACUGAUACUCCUUCUAUAAUAGUAGUGGUUUUGUACUGGGAGCCAUACAGUUUUUGAGACAUUUGUGAGAUUGUUCUGUAUGGGGAGCCGAAUGUAUGUAGGUACUGGCUGGUGUGUGAGUGAUGAUCACCCCUAACCAAAAGACAACUUAAGCAAAAUAUGGAGAUAAUGUGGAUAGAAAGAAUUUCUUACUAUGUUGCUCUUCUUGCCUGUUUGCUAAAGAUCGUUUUUAGUCUUGCCUCUAAUAACUUGACCUCUUUAUAAAGAGAUGUGGUAGAUUCCUUUUAUAUCUUUUUUUUCCCUAAAGAAUUAAAAAAAUAAAAUCAUGAGGAGUUUACUUGUAUCCGUUAAUCAGAAAAAAAAAGCUUGUGACUUUAUAAGGGUCAAACAAUCUACUCUACUCUGUGACUUGGCUGACUGUAAAAACAACUGCUCAAUAGGUAUAAGAAGUCUCCACUGUUUGGUUUACUUCAAAGAUGCAUAUAAGAGAAGAUAGAAGAGGCAUAUCUUCCUUUCCUGUUGAAGACAGGUUUCAUUAUUUGUUACAAUGUAAGAUUUUUGGCUGCAUAUAGUCUAGCUUAAUUUAUAUGAUAAAAAGAAACAUAGAACACAUCUAAUGGAGAGGAUUAAUAUUUUCUUCAAUCAGGGGAGCAUUGAAUCAAGCUCAUUAUUCCCUAGUGAUGUUGAAUAAUAUGUUUUCCCUCCAUUUGUGGACUCUAUUUUAUGUUAGCAAUCAGGCUCAAACCAAAAUCCCCUACCCAAACAGUCUCCUCCCAAACUUCCUAAGGACAAGGAUUGAAACCUAGCCUACCUCUGGUUUCUAUCCCAGUUAUAGCCAUUCCCUUCUUUUUGACAGCCUUGUCUUUUUUAUUAUUAUUUAUAAAGGAAUAAGGAUGAUGUGUACAUCCCUUGCUGAAACGCUAGUGGAGGGGAAAAUAUGUUUUUGCUUUUGACAUUAUGAAGUCAGUAUUUCCAUAUUUAGUAAAACAGGGCAUGAUAAUAUAUAAUACACCCUAAUAUUCUUAAGUGUGAUUUUAAAUAUGCUUGUAACAGAUGUGAAUGUUUUAAAAUCAUGUAAAAGGUUGAAAUGAAGCCUAAACAAUCCUGCUUGUGAUUGUCAUGCUGGUUGAGGAAUCCCCACUGGUAUUGUGAAAUGAAGCAAAGCUGACUGGAUUUUUUUUUCUGUAUUGCCUUUUUUGCGUGCUGCCCCCCAUACUACUGAGGAAACAGAUAUUUUGUUUGCAGAUGUUUCUCACUGUAUCAUAUACCUUCUUCAAUGUUUGGGAUUACUGGCUGAAAAAGAAGGGCGAACAAACAUGUAGAGGUCAGUUCUUAAAUCUGCCUAUAGUUAUUUUACAGCAUGUUAAAGUGAACCGAUUCAAGUGACUAGUUCCAUGAAAUACUGUUUGUAUUUCAUCAAAAUUUGAUCUGGAACAGCAGCAGCCCUUCUUACUCCACUUUUUCAAACAGUGAAAAACAUGCUUAAAGGCCAGAUUCUCUUUUCAAUUUAUGAUGGUAGGCAUUGUGGAACAUUUUUUAGUCAAAUUUAGUUACUGUGGAUUUACACCAGUGUAACUUAGAACAGAGCCUGGCCUGUAACGCAAUAAUUUGUUUAGGCUGGUAUUUUCAAAACUGCCUAAAGAAAUUAAGAUUAAUAAUUUCUGUUUAAAAUCAGCCAGAAUUAUGUACCCAAAUUCCCUUAAGGCAGCUUAAAGAUCCCCUCCUUAAAUCUCAGUUUCAUGCAUCCCUUGGUGAUUUCUGCCUAAACAUCAACUGCAUAACAUUUUUCAGUGAGCGGAAUAAAUUUGCACUUUUUAAAUAUAGUUUUUCAUUUGCAUGUAUUAGAAUAGAGAUCCGUGUGUAUUUUUCCUGAAAUGGUCAAGAUUGUUGUUAGUUGCAGCUUCAGUUCAACAGAUUUAAAUGUAAUCAACUUUAGGACAUUGCAGUUUAGGAAGCAGUUAGGAUUUCAGUUUCUAAAUGUUCAGUGAGCUCUGUGCAAGUGAAUCUCAACUUCAACAGAGAGCCUGUUGAUUUCACUGGAGUUCUGUUCACCUAACAGGAUCACCACCCAAGUAAUGCUGGAAGCAGUAAGCUCAAGGACUGGGGGCUUAUGUAGCCAGACAUUUCAUUCCUGUCUCUCCAGGAAUUAAGAUUUUUCCACCUGAGGUUUCACAUGGCCUUUUAAUAUAGUUCCCCAACAGCAUUCAAGGAAAGUAUACCUUCUAUAAUACAGCAAUUAGCACAAAAUUCCUCUUUCACCAAAGAGUCCAUGUAGCAGUUCUAACCCUUUCAUUUUGAACACUUGAUAUUUAUAUGCCACUUGUGCAGAAAACAAGUGGAAUAAAACUUGUGUAGCCCAAGGGUUAAUUUCUUUACGUAAAGUUCAGGUUUUAUAGAAUGAAAAAGAAUUUGGCACAGAACAAAAUGACACUAAGCAAUAAUGUUAUUUCUGGUGGUAAUGUAAUAUCAGUUUGUCUUAGCACAGAAGCCUAAUCUUUGAAAGAAAUUACAGUCGUGACACAAUUAGUUUUGCCAGGACAAUGUGUGGAGGCCAGUGAGGGAUCGCGCAAUGCCAGCCUGGUUUAUAAAGUAGUAUCAGUUAAUGUUCAUAUGGCGUGCCUUUACCUUUUAAUUUAUUGAGCAAACAGCAGUGUCAUGAGCAGGCCUAACUCCCAUUGGCAUUAAUAGGUGUUGCAUUUGUGUAUGGAUAGAGUCUGGAACUGAUUCAUUGCCUCUACUACUUGCUGUAUUAUUAGAAGCAUCUCUAAAAAGUUGCAUCAUCUCAGCCCUCCCCUUUUGUCAUGAUGCUGUUUUGUUUCCUCUAUUGUGCUGAUUGCCUUAUUUCUUUACACAUCAGUACAACUUUUGCUAAUGUUUAAAUGUUAAAAUAUUUGUUCAGAAAAAACAGAUUGUAAUUCUGCUUAACCCGUUGAGUGAUGGACUGUACAAAAGAUAGGCUCCUUGGUGGCAUGCAGCAGGUUAAUGAAAUGAGGGAUUGUUUUCUUUGUAAUUCAUAGUUCUUAUUUCUAUGGUUGUUUCCUGAGAAGUUUAUACCUACUGGGCAAAAUAUUGGAGAUGAGAUUGGAAGUACAAAUGCAAGAGAAAUGUCUCUUCUGUUAUGAAUGAUUGAGAGCAGUGGGGGGAUCUUCUUUGUUUUAAAAAUAACAGUUUCACUGGGAGGUGCAUUGCCAACUGCAUGAUUUUCUUUUUCUAGCUGUCAUUCUCAGUGGCUGCGUCUGCAUGUGCGGCGGACUAUGCAGUAACCGCAGUUACUGCGCAGUAGCGUCCCCGCGGUUUUUCUCAGACACUACUGCUCAGUAGCAAUGAUCAACUGCACAGUAGCGUCGCAUCAUGGUUAGUGCCUGCCAACGCUACUGCACAAUAGCUCACUGCUACUGCACAGUAGUGUCUCGUGUAGAUGCACCCAGAGUGAUCCCAGUGUUUAGAAAUCAAGUCUGAUUCUCAGCAGGGGAUCAGUGAGUCAUCUUGGUUGGCUCUGGUAGAACUGCACCAAUUUACCUGAGGAUCUGCUCCCUACAAUGUACUCAGGAACUCAGAACAGAACUUAAUUUCUAACAGUUUUCUCUGACCCCCUCCCACAUCCGAUUCGGCUUUGAUUUUCUUUGCUGGGAAGAAAGAACGUCCUGAAGGAGGAUGAAAAUGAAUUAUUUUGAAGGGGCAUCUUCACUGCAGAGUUAGUUCAAGCAAUGGACAUGUAGGUCAUCUUAACCCAACUGUCAUCAGUCGUACUGCAAAGCCCUAUCCGAGUUACAGCGUCAUCACGGGUGUUAGGCUCUUCCGGUUGUGUCAUGAGAACUUCUGGGCCAAUUCUCAUAGUGCUGUGUGCUGGAAUAGGUUGAGCUCUUUUCUAGUGAAAUUUUGUGAGCUUUUGGGCACUUGAGGAGGAUAUAUGGGAAGAUACUGAAGGACUGUCAGGCUCUAAUCCACCCCCUUAGUCAGUUGGCCAGGGUUAAAAGUCUGAAUAAUUUCUUGUGUAUGCAGACAGGAAGGAGGUUAGGGGCAACACCUAAUUAAGAGUCCAGACUAAGCUUGCAGUGAAGACAUACUCUUGAGAUAGGCAAAGGAGUAUCCUUAGGUACGGUUUUCUUCCAAAGGUGUUGCUUGAAUCAGAGGGUUUCUUUCAUUUUUUGCUUGCUUUUUUGCCUUUUAACACAGUUUUGUGUUGGAGAUUCAUAAUAAAAGUUUGGAGCCUAGAGCUAUGGUGCAAUAGAUGAGAAUAUUGAGUAAAAUGAUAUCUCAUGGCAUAUUGUGAAGUAGCUGCUGAGAAUACUGUGUAGGUUUUGUCACCAGGAGGGGAGAGAAAAUGUGCAUGCUCAAGAAAGUUAAAUGAGCAUUUUUCUUCCCAGAAGUUUCUUGUAUUUUAAGGUAAGUUAUUGGUAGAAAAUCGCCUAGAAAACUUCUUUGUAUCUUUUUUGUUAAAGAAAAAGUGUCAUAAAUACCCACAGCAGGAGUCCUACGAAAGUUAGGGGUGGAUACAAUGAUGGAAAAGCCUUCCUACUUAACAGAAUUAAACCAAAUCUUUUAGAGUGGAUUCAUGAAGGUAUUUAGUUCUAGCAAAAAGUUAAAAAAACAAAACAAACCCUAGUAAAAUGAGGCAAAUAUACUGUUUAAGUGUACUAAUAUUUUGGGGUAGAAUGAGGCUUCCCAUUGGCAAAGGAAAGCAAAUUACAGCAACAGGAGAUGACAAUUUUUUUAGCCAUUGGGGACUGCAUUUCUAGGUGGAAGAAUAAUUGCUGAGUUUGGAGACUUAGUAUCUAAGCAAACCUAAAAAACGUUCCUAUAUUUGAUUGUCAUAUUGCAGGUUGGAAUUUUUUGCUUUUUCCCCCCUAUUUUAUUCUGGUUUCACAUGUUCUGCUUUUCUUGCCAUCGUGUAAUGAGGCUAUGUAGUGGAAGUGCAGAAGAAGGAAACAGGCUUUGCAUUGCAGUAUGGAGACAGCAUUUGGAAAAAUUACCUUGUCAUUCUUUUCCCUUCACUCCCCACUUUUUUAGAUAACCUGAAGUGCACGUGUUCGUCUUCCCUGGCUCGUAGAAUUCAGUUUGAAAAUUAAUAGUAUAAAAUCUAGGCUUUGGAUUUUACAACUAUACCUUCAGUGUACGGUGGUGCAUUCUUUAUUCCCCCCCCCCAUAGCCCUCCGCAGCAUACACAUACCACAUACAUACACACGCACACAGCAUAUGGGUAUGAAUUGAAUACACAUGUUGAACUUGGUCUAGUAAUGGUAAUAUUUUGCCCACCUUCAGGUUUCUUUUAAGCCAGUGCUCACUGAAGUCAACUCCAGCUAGGCAGUAUUCCUAAACAUCUCCCCGAAAACUAACUGUGGUGAAGAUUGCUUUAAUGCAACUCAUUGCUACACUAUUGUAUCUACUUUGGAGCAGACUGAUUUACCCUGAAAUGACUCUCUAACCUGCAUCUUAAAGUAUAGUUGGUUCCAGUGGAAAUAGAUCCAUGCCGAAGUGAUGGGCAGUUUGGUUCUCAUAUAAAGAAUCUACACCUAUUUAGAAGGGGUUGAACCAGUUUCUCUGAACAGUGAUUUAUUUUCACUGUACAGUUUUGGGUAUGUCUCAGGGAUUCCUUGCGGAAAUAAGGGCAGUUAACAUAAAAAGUAAAUAGUUUUAGAAGUAAAUAAUAAUUUAAGGUAGAGCGUCAUCUAUGUGAGAGCGCAAAAAAGAGAAAUCUUGUUCAGUUUUAUAGUCCACAGUGUCUGGCUUAGGGACUCUUUCUCUUCUCGGGGCUCUCAUCUCAAGUUCAACAUACAGAAUCUUUUUUCAUCACGCUCAGCUUUAAACUUUUAUUUAAAGAUACCCUUCCCCAAUGAGCUUUCAGAAUACUUAUUGUAGAUUUUAAGAGAAAUGGUAUAUUAAUUUAUGCUAUUAACAUCACCUCAUAAAUUAUAAGUUUUAUACUAAAGCUGUAUUGAGUGUAAUGAAUUAUGUUGCAUAUGUGUUUUUAAUAGCUAUAAAAUUAUAUACAAGCUUUUUUGGAGAAACAAAAACUAGUGAAGCACCUUUUUACACUGGAUCUUUGCCGUGUCAAGGUGUACAGCUAUUCUUUGCUACCUUGCAGAUUAUAUAUAUAUAUAAAUAAAUAAAAUGGUAUCCUAUAUCAACAAAACAUAGACUCUUUUUACCCCUUAUAUUACUGCUCCUGUAACUUUUUUUUUGAAUAUUACAUUCUGCAAUAAUUUAUCUGUGGUUUGUACCUAUGAUGGUUAGAAGUUUAGUUACAGGGUAAAUAGAUCAAAUUAAAAAUCCAACUACUGUAGCUGGAAGCUGUAAGCCAAGUCUGUAAGACUUUUUUUUAAUGUAUUUAUUCCAGUUAGCUCUGUGAGUUGGAAUUUGAAAAGACAGAACAUUAAAUCUAGGAAUCCACAGUGUCUUAUUCAGGAACUUUUCCCCUCCUUUUCUCACAAAGGAAUUCCCACUGUGACUUAUAUAUAGAAUUAGACUGCUUGUGUGCAUGUAUGUAUUAUAUACACACACAAAAAAUAUGCAUUGGGGGGGAUGUAUGUGUGAUAUGAAUGUGUAUAUUGUAUGUAGGUCAUAGUUUUGUAAAGAGAAACGUAGUUGAGAGGUGACGGAAUGUAUUGUAGAAAUGUGAAUAUUUAGUAGGGGGUUAUUAUGUCCUCACUAUUGUAUAAAUAACCAAACUCUCUACUACAUAGUCUUCUGUUAUAAGGCUAACUCUGAUAUCAUGUUGAUUUUAUUCUUUUUGAUUGAAUUGCAUUGAGCCCUGUUAAAAUGUCAUGAAAAUACCAGGCUCCCAAGACAGCCUUUUUUUAAAUGUUUGGGAAGUAGAGGGGAAGAUGUGGGAGUGGUAUUCUUAAAGAAAAUUUGAAAUGGAAGAUAUAUAUUUGGUGGCAUGGGUAUAUAUGGGAAUUACUGUACCUUUAUGAUAAUAUUCUGAUUUAGAAAAUGUUGCCAAUCAGUUGUACUUGUGUCUUCAGAUUCAAAAGAUUUGUGAUAGGUGAUGUUUAUGAACUGAUCUCCAUUCUCUUAAAGGGUUUUGUUCUAAAGUAGUCUGCUUUUUUUUUCCUAAAGAGGUCCACGUGUGUCAUUUUCACCCUAUGACAUUGCUAUUGGGGAGCUUCAAUUUAUACAAAACAAAUUCUAUUUUAAAUCCUGGGAGUUUCACUUGUGCUGUAAAAUCCUAAAAAUAAAUUAUGGCCAUUUUUUUUCAUCAUUUGAGAGAAAUUUUACCUCUACGAGAGUUCUUAGCUGAGAUGCAGGAAAAAACAUAACAUUCCUACUUACG